AUGUUAAAUAUUGGUCAUUCAAUGGCUAUGAUUCCUGAUUAUUCAAAAGGAAAAGAGGCAGCGUUACGGAUUAUGCAACUCAACAAACGACAAUCACGAAUAAAUCCUUAUGAUGAUUCAGGAAUUAUUCUGAAAGAACUUCAAGGCAAUCUUGCAUUUCACGAUAUUCAUUUUCGAUAUCUAAAUCGACCAAACCUUCGGACUCUCAGAGGUUUCUCUAUGACAUGCCCAACCGGCGGCACAACAGCACUUGUUGGACCAUCAGGCAGUGGAAAAUCGACUAUUAUUGCAUUAUUGCAACGAUUUUAUGAUCCAUUGAAAGGCAAAAUUUUACUUGAUGGGCAUGAUAUAAAACUUCUCAACAUCCAAUGGCUACGAUCAUUGAUGGGUCUUGUUCAACAAGAACCAGUUCUUUUCAAUCUUUCUAUUCGUGAUAAUAUUGCUUAUGGUGACAAUAGUCGACAAGUGACGCAAGAUGAAAUCGAAGCAGCUGCUCGAAUGGCGAACAUUCAUGGGUUAAUCAUCUCAUUACCUAAAGGUUAUGAAACAUUAUGUGGACCACAAGGUAAUCAACUGUCUGGUGGACAAAAACAACGAAUUGCUAUUGCUCGAGCAUUAGUUCGUUCACCAAAAAUUCUUCUUCUCGAUGAAGCAACAUCAGCAUUAGACAACAAAAGUGAAAAAGUGGUUCAAGAUACAUUAGACCAAGCUCGAUCAGGUCGAACAUGUUUGACUAUUGCUCAUCGUUUAUCGACAAUUCGAAAUUCAGAAAAGAUUGCUGUUGUGGAUCGAGGCAAACUGGAAGAAGAAGGAACGCAUAAAGAACUUAUGCAAAACCAUGGAAUUUAUGCAAAGCUAGCAUGUGCACACAGAAUAUCUGCUUCAACAUCAUCAUAA